AUGCAAGGUCAACAUCUGCCCGGUUUAAAUGUAACUUGGGUCGUUCCAUUCUCCCAAGUCGAUGCCUACAAGUCUGCAGGAGCCUUGAAAGUGAUGACUUGUGGCAAAAGCGCACCAGGAAAAGACCUCUGUCGGAGUCGUAACUUCGCAUUAGAACAUGCAUUCGAUCGUAAGCUCGUCUGCGUUCAGUUAUCCGACGAUUUGAUCAAGAUGAGCUGGUGGGCAAGAGCAGAGCCCUAUCCCCUAGAGCUGCAACCGUUAUCAAUCGAAACAGCUAUCCACAUAAUCCUCAAGCAGAUGAAGCUCGGGAAUUUCCAUCUCGGCGGGGGCAUGCCUACAAGCAAUACCUUCUGGGCUCAAUCAUCCUCCAAGCUAGGUGAUCGCACCAAACAGCUUUACACAACGCACCACUUCAUUCUUGGAGACUUCAUGGUCAUUCGUCCUACAGAACUUCGCUUCAACGAGAACUUAUCUUCGAAAGAAGAUUACGAGUAUACGGUGCAGCAUAUUAAAAAGUAUGGUGGCGUGGUGAGAUGUUUCCAGAUUUUGGCUCAGUGGAGACAUUAUACGAAUGAAGGAGGUGUGGUGAGGUAUAGGACGGACGAGGAAGAGAUGAAGAAUAUUGCUUUGUUGAGGGAGUUGCAUCCAGGUUGGUUUGCUGGGCAUAAGACAGGAUCGAAAGUUCAGGUUACGUUGAGAGCGCCUGCAAAGUACCGACGUGGGAGUUCAAUUAGAAAAGAGAGCGAGAUGAGUGAUGGGACAACGAGUGCUAGUGCUGAUUCGAAGGCUUCUGAUACUAAUAGCUCGGUCCCAGUACUUGUGCCGAUGAAGAAACCUUGCCGCAGGGCUGCUACGAUAAGGUUUUCUCAUUCGUAUAUAGAGGACAGUGGAAUGGGAGUAUGA